AUGCAGAAGGGGGCCAACAUCUCGGGGGUGUCCGCAGAAGCCCCCCAGGUCUCCGGCAGCACCCCGGCAUCGAGGCGGGCACGUAGAAAAGUUAUCCUCCACUAUCUCGAUUGUGCGCUGCAUACGGACAUGUCCGAUAUUGAGCAAUAUUACAUGAAACCGCCAGGCUCCUGCUUCUGGGUCGCCGUCCUGGACGGCAACGUGGUGGGGAUCGUGGCGGCGCGGGGCAACGAGGAGGACAACACGGUGGAGCUGCGCCGCAUGUCCGUCGACUCCAACUACCGCGGCAAAGGGAUCGCCAAGGCCCUGGGCCGCAAAGUGCUGGAGUUUGCCAUGCUCAACAACUACUCCUCCGUCGUGCUGGGAACCACGGCCGUGAAGAUGGCAGCCCACAAGCUCUACGAGUCCUUGGGGUUCAAGCACGUGGGUGUUGUCGAACAUUACGCCCUGCCGGGGAUGACGCGUUCCUUACUGGAGAGAAUGUUUUUCCAGCUCCGCUACCACCGCUACCGCCUGCAGCUGCGGGAAGAAUAA